CCGCCCAAAGCAAUCCUGAUGAUCUGAUUCCUGCAGUGCACGAUAAAAUGCAACCAACAUGUCACCAUCUGUAUUCGUGUCCUCUCCGUACGGGUUCACUAGAGUCGAUAUCUAGACAUUGUCGACUGCGAUGGUAAACGACAAGACCUACCGUUCCUCUUCGUCUUCGUCAACCUGGGCGUCGAGUAUACACACAAAUGGUACAUGGGCUGUACGCCCAACUCCUGCCACUAUCCUGACUACUGUUCGUCGAAAAGCCAGCCAAAUUAUGAACGACAGAUCAUUGACAUCCCGCUCAAGCCUGCAAACUCUCGCUUCCUCCCGACACUAUACUUCCGUUGAACGCUCCUCCAAUAACUCCGAAAGGACCCUCCAGGCUGUCAAAAGUACCGUCUCACCUCCCCUUUCAUCGGCAUCGUACCCAUCAUUUCAAUGGAUUCGUGGAGAUCUCAUUGGCGAAGGAAGCUAUGGACGGGUAUAUUGGGCUUUGAAUGUUACUACGGGCGAUAUAAUUGCUGUUAAACAAGUUGAUCUUGCUCGAAAUCCCUCUAGGCGUGAAAAGGAGAGCAUCGAAGCUCUAAAAUUCGAGAGUUACACACUGAAGGAUUUGGACCAUCCGAAUAUAGUGCAAUUUUUGGGGUUCGAAGAGAGUGUGGAACAUCUUAGCAUUUUUAUGGAGUAUGUGGCCGGAGGCACCAUCGGGAGCUGUUUGAAAGCUCAUGGUAAAUUCAAUGACGAAGUCACAAAAGCCUUCACUCGCCAAAUGCUUGAAGGCCUAGAGUAUUUACAUUCAAGAGGAAUCAUACAUCGAGACAUCAAGGCAGAUAAUAUCUUGGUAGAUAAGUCUGGAGUGUGCAAGAUAUCAGAUUUUGGCAUAUCCAAACAAGCUGAGGACAUCAACGGUCGAGCUUUUACGGAAAUGAGGGGAACAGUGUACUGGAUGGCACCCGAAGCUGUCAACCCCAAAGGAACAAAUGGUUACGACGCUAAAGUUGAUAUCUGGAGUAUUGGAUGCGUUGUGCUUGAGAUGUGGUCUGGCAGAAGACCGUGGUACGGGGAAGAACUGUAUCCAGUUCUUUUCAAGCUUUACCAUCAACUUGCACCUCCGAUUCCAGCCGAAUUAUUUUUGAGUGAUGAGGCAAUGGAUUUUCGGGAUCAAGCUUUUGCAAGAGAUCCAAAGGAACGACCUUCCGCCGCAAUGCUGAGGUCACAUCCCUAUCUUGUGAUGAAACCGGGCUGGAUUUUCAAGCCGGCCUAUACCGAAGGACUCGCAGAUAGCCGUGGCACGUUAUCAACCAUUCAACAUGCCAAAUCUUAUUCUGCUAUACCCGAUAACACUAUACGACGAAUCGGAUCUGACAAGACUUUACCACCGGUUCCUACACCUACACUGCCAUAUAAUUCUACGCGUAGUGUGUAUCCAAAUACUAGUUCUCCUUUACCUCCUACUCGUACUCCCACCGAUUUACCAGGGCCGCCAAUUGUUUUCAUCACUCCAUCUCCUGCACGUUCAAAACCACCACAGCUCCAUAUCCACGAUGAUAACAUAUCCUCCCCCAGUACCACGAGCUCGAGUAAAUGGUCAAAUCGUCCAAAGAGGUUGUUCCAUGUAACAAAUCCUGACGAUCCUGAUGUCGACGAAGAUUGGAAACCAUUCGUCUAUCAUCCUCCUCCACUUCCAGAUCCAAACUGGUUGCCCCAGUCCCAAUCCAUAGCGCCUAUUCACAAUCACAGUCCCAGACGUACUCCGUCUACGCCCGUACUGCGUACACAGACUACUUCCUCCUCCAUGAUAACACGUUCCAGGCAUGCCUCUUCCACUGUCGAAGUCCCGGUAUUCUACUCACAAGGCGAGGACGAAGUCGAUACCGGGUCCUUUGCUCGGCAGCGAGCUCCUCCGAGCCCUCAGGACAAACGAACAUCCGCUUGGGCUAGACCCUACGUCGAGGAUAUUUACGAACAUUUGCAGCAAUUUUUUCCACAUCAUGAUAUCGAUCAGCCCAUAGUAAACGAGGAGAGUACUUUAUCAUAUUCACAGGAUGAACGGAAGACCGGUACCCUUCAGCCCAAGAAGUCGAUCCGGAUGGUUGCGGAGCAACGAGUGAAACGUUCACCUUCCUCAGCUCGGAAUUCUAGACGGGCUACGAAAUUGUGGGGGAGUCACCUUGAAGAGUUGGGGGGCACGAAGUUUUGAGGACGAUG